AUGACUAUGAGCGAUUUUUUGCGUAUCGUAUGGUUUUUACGGAACAAGAACCCCGCUGCCGAUCAUAUGAUUGACGCAUUGUCGUUCUGCGGAUCGUUGGUCUCCACAAGAAACACGCGGAAACCGGGAUACGUGCACAGGUGCAGUGUUUCACCAUGGCGGCCGAAAGUUGAGCCCACAACGAGCUCUAUACGCUACUGUGUUUCAAUCGCUCGUUCUGGCUCCGUGAUGACGUCUGAGAAAAGCGCAACUGGUGCGGCUGACCGAGCCCGCGCGUCGCUGCCACAGCUGCUCCACCAAGCCAAAAGUCUCCGAGCUGCAACCGGUGAAGCGGAGCGCGUAUCCGAGCAACAGCUCCAAGAGCAGUUAGCAAUAUUCUACGAGCAAGUUCCGAAAGAUUUCGCUCGAGUUCAAGAGGCGUUGCGGCUCCUCCUCCAAAGUCGGAGCGAGUUCUUCGCACUGCUUACUUUAGCCAAAACACAGGCAGAACGUUUAUUCUCGGACACGACGGAGCUGCGACGGUUCGAUGGACACUUGCGCAAGGUAGAAACGGCGUUGAAACUAGUGGAAGACUUGUUGGCCCUCCGGCAGACAGCACAGACGCUGCAGAAGCUCCUUCAAGCGCCGGACGUUGAUACUGAGCGAGCAGCUGCGCUUAUCGCCGAGUUUCACGUUCGCUUGCAGCAGUCUGCGUUCCAUUCUCAAAUGGACCUCUUCGGUUCCGCUGAAGUAGCUGCACUACAGCAGCAAGUCGAAGAAGCUCGACAUCAACUGCGUGCGCUCGUUGUGUAUCAAGCUGAACAGGUACUCAGCAGCGCAGCUUCAGCACCAGAGGUGCCUGCGACAUCCGAGCACCCAAUGCAGGCUCACAUCAUGCGUCUGCAUGCGCUGGGAUAUGUAGACGACGCUCGACGGCUGCUGGUACAGCACACCAAAGCGCAGGCACUCUCUCGCAUGAGCCAAAGGACGGCAUCAGCGCUUGAACCAGAGACAGCGCACUUGGAGGAACUGACCGCGCUCUACGAGGCGAUUGCGGAGACCAUCGCGUAUACGGAGCGUUCCGCGCAACGCUUCGAUUCGGAUGAUGGAAAAGUCAUUCUUGCCCUAGAAGAACUAGCGAAUGAACGAGGGGCUGAAAUACUACAGCGUUUCUGCGAUGCAACCAAGCUCGCCGAACGAUGCCGUCAGCUGAACCGCCGUCGAGAGGCGAAUGUCAAAGCAGCAACGGAGUCUGUGUAUCGCUCACAUGCGGGUCCUGUUUUCGAUAUAGAGUACGCACCGCUGAGCAAUAUGGCUGCAAUCGGGGACUCACGAACCGGAGCUACCGCGCAUGAUUUUGAUAUGACUCGGGAGCAAAGCGAAACGAAUGAACUUGAAGCGCUUCUGGAACAGAUUGUGGUCAUGAGCCGUCGCACGGCCAUGUUUCGCCAUUUCAUGAUGACUCGUCUGGGACUCGGAAAUGAUUUUGAACAGGAGCGUCGGCGUGAGGGUGCUCUUUACCUCAAAAUGCAGGAGGUCAUGGGGAUGUACGUGCUUCUGGAGCGGGCUCUCCUGGACAGCGAAUGGAAGCUUGCGCAACGCCUGGAAGCGCUACCCGCCUCGGGGUCUGCCGGUGAGCCUCCAGCAGCCUCGUCGGAGACAGUCUCACGAGCGAUCGACUACACGUUCUACGCGAUCAAACGCAUCAUCGGUCGAUCGUUGCAGGCAUUCGAUCCGGACGCUUUGUGUGCAUCGCUGAACCACGUGCAGGCGCUGCUCGCCGGACCGCUCCUUGAACAUCUUCGCCGAAGCCUUCCAACGCAUGCCGCGUUGCCCAGUGUCUUCCCGUCGGCGCAAAUGGUGUUCGGAUCCAGUUUCAGAGCUGAAGCACUUGAAGGUUUGAUCAAGGUGGCGAAUGAUGCACGCACCAGCGGAAGCUACCUGCGACACUUGGUAACAGUCAGUGUGUCUCGGGGACUAGCGGAACAGCAGCUGCCCCGCUCGGCGGCGCUAACAGCAAUCAUUUCUGAUUUAGAAACGACCAUCGAGGAGUUACGAUGCGUAGCGAGUCAAGGUGUCCGACGAAUCUUUCAGACACUCGUUUCAAAUGUUCUGGAGCAAGCUGCGACACACGCUGAGCGCCUACUUCUGGGCGCUUCGCCGACUUCUGGAGCAUCCAAUGGCUCGCCGUAUCUCGUCUCCGAAUCCAGCUUUCAACCAGGCCCGAGUGCUUUUGUUACCGAACUAUUCGAGCAGAUGUACCGUGGCGGCUUGGACAGGAUCCUCGCGCAGUUAGAGCCCGAAAACACCGCUGAACUUGUCUGCCUCGUUUCCGAAUGGACACGGGAUCGUCUGGAUCAGGCGAUACGAAGCCGUUCGCUGUCCAUGAAUGCGCUGGGCGGUCUCAUAUUCGAUGCCGAUGUGCGUUACCUAGUGAACCGAUUCGCGGGCCUGGUGCUAGAGACCCAGCGCGCCAAUAUACGCGCUAUUUUUCGGCCGCUCUUCCACAUGGCGUUGGUGUUGACAGUUGAUCGACCCGCCGAAGUCCUAGAUCUCUGGGAACAAAUUCGAGAGACGCAGAUUCCGGACCGUGUCCGACAACUUCUACGGAUGCGGGUUGAAUUUCGUGCAGAAACUAUCGCGUCUCUAGAGCUCCCGACGUAA